AUGUUCAAAAAUGUGAACGUCAAUAAAUUUGCCAAAUAUUAUUUAAUCCUAGAAAUUUUUAUUUUAAAUGAUAAUUUAGUUGUGAAGGUUACUAAUAAAAAAACUGGCUUUGAGGCAUUGAAUAUUGCCGCCUUAUUGAUACUUGGAUUCGCUGCUCCACUCUACGCAAAUUCAAUAAUGGAACGGUGUAUGGAUACAUUCCAGCAUUUGGCUAAACUCCAUAGAGUCAAUAUUGAUGGGCCGAAGAAACCAAUUUUGUUUGACAGUAUUCGAGUGUGGUUGAGUCAAGGUGUGCUUCCUCGAAGAACAACUCGUAAAAAACAAUUAUCCGGUGGACACGAAAACUCCGUAGCGUUUAUCGACUUCGAGUAUGGCAGAUAUAAUUAUCGUGGAUUUAUUGGAAAUCAUUUUAAUACUUUCGCCGGAUGGCAAUGUGAUUAUAGCUUAUACCCGACUAAAGAAUUCCAACUUGUUUGGCUCCGUCAUUACUUAUUAUCGUUUUAUCCUGAGACCAAAGUUACCGAUGCAGAAGUAGAAGAGUUGUAUCGAGAAAUAGCGAAAUUCGCACUUGCUUCCUUUUUCUACUGUAGUGUAUGGACAUUGAUAUCCUCUGAAAAUUCUGACAUCAAGUAUGAUUUCAUGGAAUACGCCGAACGAGCGUUGAGAGAAUAUUAUCGAUGA